AUGAAGAAACACUUGACUAUCGUCAUCAAGCUUGGCACUUCGUCAAUCGUUGACGAAAAGAGCCACGAACCCCUCCUUUCAAUUCUCUCUACCAUCGUCGAAACCGCCUGCAAACUACAAAAAGAUGGACAUCGCGUAGUCAUUGUCUCCUCCGGCGCCAUUGGCGUCGCUCUGGGCCACAUGGACAUGGAACGCAGACCGAAACACCUUCCUCAGGUCCAAGCCCUGGCUGCCAUCGGACAGUGCAAGCUCAUGAGUCUGUGGGAUCAGUUGUUCAUGCACAGAAGGCAGCCAAUCGCUCAGAUUCUGCUCACAAGAAACGACAUUGCCGAUCGAACUCAAUACCUCAACGCGCAGAACACUUUCAUCGAGCUGAUCCACAUGGGUGUCAUCCCUAUCGUCAACGAGAACGACACCCUGUCAGUUGCUGAGAUCAAAUUUGGUGACAACGACACACUUUCUGCCAUCACCGCUGCUAUGGUCCAGGCCGACUACCUGUUCCUCAUGACAGACGUGGAUUGUCUGUACGACAGCAACCCUCGCUCGAACCCUAACGCCAAAGCUAUUGAAGUCGUCGAAGACAUUGGAGAUCUUGUCGCCGACGUCUCAAGCGCUGGAUCGUCUGUAGGCACCGGUGGUAUGGCUACCAAGAUCACCGCCGCUCGAUUAGCAACCUCUGCAGGUGUGACAACCAUUAUCACUCGCUCGGACAAGCCUGGAAACAUUGCCAAGAUUGUCACACAUGCCGAAUCGAAAAAGGCAGAGGAGCUUGCGGCCAAACGAUCGUCGCGACAAAGUUCAAUCGAGGGCACAGAAUCUUUGAGUAACUCGACAAGCAACUUGACCCUCGAAGACUCUUCGCUCGCCAAGAAAGCCGUUGUGAAAGAGGUAUCAGGCACGAACGGCGCCGUAUCACCCAGACUCGAUGCGCCAUCGCUGCCUCCAUUACACACUCGCUUCAUCCCCGAUCUCCAUCCUAUCAGAGACCGAUACUUCUGGUUACUGUACGGUCUCGCACCACACGGAACGGUGUAUAUUGACAAAGGCGCGCACAGAGCACUGGCCGACAAAGCUGGUCUAUUGCCAGCAGGCGUGGUGGAAGUCGAGGGCAAUUUUGCACAGCAAGAAGCAGUGCGGAUAGUGGUGGUACAGCGCAAGUCAAGAGGAUCAUUCGAGUAUGAGAAAGAAGAUCCUGCGCCGUUUGAGGUUGGCAGAGCGCUGGUCAACUACUCUGCAGCGGAGAUUAAGAGAAUCCGCGGUCUCAAAAGCACAGAAAUUCAUGGAGCGUUGGGUUACGCGGAUAGCGAGUAUAUUGCGCUGAGGGAAAACAUUGCAUUCGGCAACAGAACGAGCAGACCUACCACGCCCAAUCGCAUGUCGAUGAGCCAUGAGGCCGAGCAGAGGCAUUAG